AUGCCUCGAUCAUGGCCUCCUGUCAGGCCGACUGUGCGAAACUUCUGGAGAUCUCACGGUGCUAUUGCAGAGGUGGAGAAAGAAUCACUUGGCGAGUGGACGCAGGACAAGGAGGAAGAGGAAGAAAGCGUGGCCAGUGAGGCUGAGGUAUGGAAGAUCGACAAGUCCUGGAUGAAGUUCCACAGGUCAAGAUUAGCAAAGGCUCGUGUGAAGAAGAGGCUGGUUGACCUAGCUCGAAACAGGCUUCUAACACCACUCGAAGACAAAGCAGGCACCAGCCUCGCAUUUAGUGCAGCCGGCCGCGAUGAUUCUCUUCAGCUGCAGGCGGAAGACAUCCUGCAGGUGUGGCUGGAUUGCUUGCUAGUGGCUUUGGAGGAGGAGGUGCUGGAGGAGUCUCCCAUCGUAGAGGUGCUUCGAACGAAUGACCUGCAGGACGUGUCCAAAGACAAGCUGAAGGGCCCAGCAAAGGAGAGGUUGCUGAAGUUUUACCGUCGCUUGGAUCAGGUGUUGAAAAUACUGGAGAACAAGUCCUAUCGAAAGUACUACCAAAAUCUAUUGGCGGAGAGUCAACAGCGACAGCAGCUCUUUCAACAACAGAACGAGGUGCUGCACGACUACGUAUGUGAGUUGGAAAAAGAGUUUGCAGACAUCAGCGACGCGAUCUACAACUACCGCUCCAAAAAGGAGUUGAUGCUCACAAAGCUUGCUGGCUUGCUCGACAGGGGAGAGUGUACUCACAUCUCGGACCGACCAGAGGAAGAGGGCCAACCAAACGAUAGAGUUGAGGCCUCUGACCAGCCAUCUCCAAUGACGGCCACCGUGGCAGUAUGCAGGAGCCAAAGAGCCGGGGAAGCACCCCGUUGCCCUGCAAAUGUCGCGAGCGGGCCCGUCAAAAGGCGCAGGAAGCAAACUAAGCAAACCAACAAUGCUGCGGAGAAUCAUACCCUUCACUCCUGCCUGGCGUACCUGCUGCAGAACAAGGUUAGUGCUGCAGCGGGGCUGCGCUAUCAGGACAUGGUGUACAGGCUGCACAGCAAAAUUCCACCUGAAAAAGAUGCGGAACAGACUGGUCCCUUGUUCACUACGAGGUCAGAUUGCAAGGAGACCGGUCGCCAUUUGGAUGUCAGUCCGGAAGAAGCCUUGGAAGCUGCUUGGAGAGCCGGCGAGGUUCAGACCAUGCAGGCGGAAACGGAGUCUGUGGAGCCCCAGCCUGACAACAUGUCAGACCUGGACGAGACGGAGCUUGCAGAAUCCUUGCAGAUGCUGGGGAGAAAUGGUGCUCCUGAUAUAGUGCAGGGGCAGGAAGUGGCAUCCCCAUCAUCAGUCAAAAGAAAGCAAGACAGCGACGAGAACGGCCAGGAAUCUGGAAGUGACCUUGCUGAGGAGGACCUGCGCAAGGCUAUGACGAGGCUCUUACCAAGCAAAGCACAGCAGGAGGAGACUGACGCUCAGCGAGAGCCUGCGGUGGCGGAGCCUCCGCCUGCUGCAUCAGCUGCACGAGAUUUGUCGGAUGCUGAAGCCCUCAAGGCACAGAGCACCGUGCUUGACCCUGAGAUCGAAAUCCUCAAGAUAAAGGUGCAAGAGGCCAUGAAGAAAACUGCGCAAGCUCAGAUGCGUUUGCGUCGAAAGAAAGCAGAAGAGAUGCUGAUUGGUGCGUUGGUGAAGCACUGCGAAGCCGCCUGUCGAGUGUACAGCCAGGCACUUGACAGGUCCACCGCAUCGUGA